AACAGUUCAUCAGGACGAACGGUUGAUGGUUUUACUGUCAAAGAGCUCGCAAUACUUUUUAAAAAAUUUGAUCAAAUUAUUUUAUCUCAAAUCAUGGAUAAUAAACAAUUGCCCACUUCUUCAGGCAAUGGACAGACUCUAUGUGCCAAUUGUUUUUUGUUUGAAAGUUGCUCAUGUUUACAUGAGCAGAACAAAGCGAUGUUUAUGGCAUGGAUGAAGAGACAAAGGGAAGAAUCUAAGCAAGGAAAUACUGAGCUUGAUAAAAAAGUGAGUGAAAUUAGUAUUAUCAUCAAAGAAUGGGAAGAAUAUCAGCAAAAAACUGCUGAGCUUAAGCAAAAUAUAAUAGACCUUAAUAAAAAACUGAGUGAAAUGAGUAUUAUCAACAAAGAAUGUAAGCAAAAUAAUGCUGCGCUUGAAAAACAACUGAACGGCCUAUCAAAAAUGCUAUUGAAAUUGGAGAAUAAGGAUAGGCGUAGGAAACAGCAACGCCGGUUCCAGCAACGUCGUUUCCAGCAUCGUCAUUCCCAGCUGCAACUGGCCGUAAAUGCCGCAGGAGCGAAAAAACCGCGCAAUGCAAAUUGUACAACAACCAUGAACAAUCAACCAUCAGCUCCACACGCAACAACUGAAGAGGAAUCGGCAGCUUUUGAAGAAGAACCACAUGAGAAAGUGCUGGAUGAAGAUAUUAUAAACGAUAUUAUAUUUGCGGUCACAACCAGGAGUGGAGUGUCUGAAGAGGAAGUUCGUAAUACUAUCGCCGCAGUUUGCGCCGAACAGAGAAAAUUGUGGGAAGAAGAAAAUAAGGGAAAUAUGGACUAGAAGAUAGUGAAAUAGGUACCAAAAACGAAAAAAAAACUACCAAAAGUUAAAAUUAUAUAUUUUAAAAUAUUAUACAAGUAACUGCAAUUAAAGUAAAA